CUGGUUUCACCUGGGUAUUCUACCAAAAGAUUCUGCUUUGGAGUUAAACAAACAUUUAAUCUCUAUGAGUCUAAUUGAUGUAUUUAAUAUCACCCAGUCAAGAAUUCCAGUGGAGGCCAACAAUUAUAUAUUUAGAGCUUGUCAAUUUCAGGGACUUCCGUUUCCCCUCAAUUUCGCUCAAGUAUUUUCAAAUGUCAGAAGCAUCGUGAACCAAGGAGCGCACUUUGUCGAAAGCUGAUUAGACUAGAAUUGAAUAAUAUAUAAGAUCGUUUUGUUCAGAUUGGAUUGAAUUUUUUUCCAAAAUUGAUAUUGCCGCUAUGUAAAGGAAUCAUUGUUAGAUAAGAGAUAGCAAAUAUCCUUCUUUUGGACCAUUGAGGGAUAGAAAAUACGACGUUUACCCAUCGUAGCUUAUUGUGUAGUCGUUAGGUGGACAACGAUAAAUGGUAUUUCCUAUUUCAAAAAUUGUUAGAUUUGUUAGAGGAGGGUAGAAAAUCAACACAUCAAAUCAAUUAAAUACUAGAUAAUACACCAUGGACGCUUCGGAAUUCCGCAAACGAGGUCGGGAGAUGGUGGACUAUAUUGCAGACUAUAUGGAGACAAUUGAUAAGAGACGAGUAACCCCUGAUGUACAGCCUGGGUAUCUUAGGAAGAUGUUGGACUCAAGGGCGCCUAAGAAGGGAGAGGAAUGGGAGCAGAUAAUAAAAGAUGUUGAGAAAACUAUCAUGCCAGGGGUGACACAUUGGCAGCACCCCAGGUUCCACGCUUACUUCCCAGCCGGCAACUCUUACCCCUCAAUUCUCGGAGACAUGCUCUCCGAUGCCAUAGGAUGUGUCGGCUUCUCUUGGGCUGCAAGUCCUGCGUGUACAGAGUUGGAGACCAUAGUUCUGGACUGGCUUGGCAAGAUGAUCGGUUUACCACAGAUUUUUAUGCAUGAUAGCGGCCUUGGCGGCGGAGUAAUACAAGGCUCUGCGAGUGAGUGUAUCCUCGUCACAGUACUUGCCGCAAGACACCAAGCAAUAAGGGAGCUGAAAAAUAGAUUUCCUUUCGUGGAAGAUGGAGUUCUUUUGUCUAAACUUGUGGGAUACUGCUCUAAAAUUGCACAUUCCUCUGUUGAGAAGGCAGGUAUGAUCGGUUUUGUAAAAAUGCGCUUUUUGGACGUGGAUGACAACUACUCGAUGCGUGGCUACACACUGGCAAAUGCCAUAGAGGAAGAUAGAAAAUUAGGUCUUAUUCCAUUUUACGUGUGCUGUACUCUUGGCACUACUGCGUGUUGUUCCUUUGACAAUCUAAAUGAAAUCGCUCACGUGACCGAACGUGAAAACAUCUACCUUCACGUAGACGCAGCAUACGCGGGCAGUGCCUUUAUCUGCCCUGAGUUUCAGCACUAUAUGAAAGGCAUAGAGUGUGUCAACUCGAUAAAUAUGAAUCCAAAUAAAUGGAUGUUGGUCAACUUCGAUGUGUCCGCUAUGUGGGUAAAAGACCGACAUGUCCUGACAUCAGCGCUUACAGUUGAUCCUCUCUACCUCCAACAUCACCAUUCAGACCAGGCCAUAGACUUCAGGCAUUGGGGUAUACCUUUAAGUAGACGAUUUCGGUCUCUGAAAUUGUGGUUCGUGAUACGAUCUUACGGUAUUGAGGGUCUUCAGAAGUACAUUAGGGAGCAUGUUCGUUUGGCAAAAAGGUUUGAAGCCCUUGUAAGAAAUGACAGCCGAUUUGAAGUAUUAGGAGCGGUUACAAUGGGACUGGUUUGCUUUAGAUUGAAGGGGAGAAACCACCUGAGUCAACGUUUGUUACGUGCAAUCAAUGAUUCGGGCAAGAUCCACAUGGUCCCUGCAAUGAUGAAUGACAAUUACAUCAUUCGGUUUGCUGUGUGUGCCCAGAACGCCAAUGAAGAUGACAUCACAUACGCUUGGGAAGUCAUUACAACCACAACUGAAGACGUCAUCGCCUCUGUGGACAUUGACAGUAACAAAGAACAAGAGGAGCUCUGUGAAAUCGAGGAUCUCCAGGUCGAGGAAGAUGAUGACGUGUUUUUCUACAAGAAAGAUAUCAGCUUCGAGACAGACCGGAACGCAAUUAGCUCCGCGAAGCUGAAACGCAAUCUUUUCAUGAAGAUGGUGUCCGAUCCAAAAUGUUACAAUCCCAAAGUGUGGCAUUCUUUGUGCCAAAACAAAAACAGACGCUUCCCUUCAAACAAUAGCAACGCUGCCACUAACCAGCCUCCCUUAUUUGAAGCAACACCGGAAUAAUAUUAGAAAAUAGGUUUGAAAGCAGUUCUACAACACAUGUUGUAGACGGUGUAACUUUAAACACAAUCGAGCAGUCAUGUUAAAAUGAAUUAGUCAUUUACAAUAUAUACAUAAUAUACUUUAUCAUGUACGUGAACGUGGGGACUGUCAAACUGCUGUUGCGGACGAAUCGGAAAUCUGUAAAAACUGUCUGGCACAUCGAAGCACAUCGAAUCUUGGUUUUAAAAACCGUGGUUUAUUCAGGGUAAACUAAAGCAAAAAUAACAUGACUAUAGAAGUGGACUUUACUCCAAAUACUUAUUUGAUGAAAACGUUGUAAAUUGUACAUUGACCUUCCAAAUACUUAUUUGAUGAAAACGUUGUAAAUUGUACGACAUUGACCUAAAGUGCACGUGUACAUGUCUGUAUGGCCUAAAAAUAGUGCUUAAAUCAAAGGUGAAGGCGACUAGUUUGAUAAAUCAAAGAUACUCUAUAAUAUAGUAUUUAUUAAGCUAAUAAAUAAUAUAAUGACAUAUUUAACAGCGGUGAUGCCUUUCUAGAGUUAUACAAAACAAACCGGUGUCCCAAAUCUGAAUCAUCCUUUAGCAUUUUGAUACAGAUUCAAGAAUUAGAAGGAACAGAUAGACCUGAAAACAAUCAGAAUUUUUAAAAAUCAUGUCAAUGUCCCUACAGACCUACAUGUAAUUUUAUUUUUUGAAGAAGGAUAGAGGUAUCUGAUCAAAUAUAACGAAAAGAAGAUUAGAAAGCUCCAAAUACAUAUACACCAUAAUUAAAAGUGGGAUGACCCACUUUGUUUCGUUACAGAUAGCCUUAAUUAUGUUAGCGCUCAAAUGUUCCUGACUUAAAAAAUCAUAACUGUUGCACAAAGAAUCAUGAGAGCUGAAUUAUUGUAAAAUUGUGACAAAAUACCAAGUAAAAGUC